GAUUUGAGCCAGUGGAUUGGUACAGAGGGAACGAUGUCGGAGCAGUCCAUCAUUCGAAUCCCGCCCUAUCAUUACAUCCACGUCCUGGACCAGAACAGUAACGUCGCCCGCAUCGAGAUUGGACCCAAAACCUACAUCCGGCAGGACAACGAGAGGGUCCUCUUCUCCCCGGAGAGAAUGAUUACCGUGCCCCCUCGCCACUACUGUAUCAUUGAGAACCCUGUUGUGCGAGAUGAAGACUCUGUCCCUCUCUUCGAUGAGUUUGGCCAAGUCCGGCUGCGCCAUGCUGACCAGGAGAUCCGUCUGGCCCAGGACCCCUUCCCCCUCUACCCUGGGGAGGAGCUGCUCAAGAUGGUGACCCCUCUGCAGAUAGUGAUGUCGAACACUGCCCUGCACCUCCAGGCCCUGCUGGAUUUUGAGGACCAGACUGGGGAGAAGCGUGUGGCUGGAGACGAGUGGCUCUUCGAGGGUCCAGGCACCUACAUCCCGCGGAAGGAGGUUGAGGUUGUCCAGACGAUCCAAGCGACAGUGAUCCGUCAGAACCAGGCGAUCAGACUCCGGGCAAGGAAGGAGACCAAGGACAGAGAAGGUCACGAUCGAGUGACUGGCGAAGAGUGGUUAGUUCGGAAGGUGGGUGCUUACCUCCCUGGUGUGUAUGAGGAAGUGGUGGACACUGUCAGUGCCUAUGUGCUGACGGACAAGAAUGCGCUCCACAUGAGAGCGUCGCAGACAUUCCGGCAGAGCGACGAGCAGGUCCGGAAGACUGGGGAGGAAUGGCUGAUCACCAUGAACGACGCCGAGGCGUACAUCCCCAACGUAAACGAGGAGCUGGUGGGAGUCGUCACCAUCACCACCCUGAGCAGCCGACAAUACUGCGUCAUCCUGAAUCCCAUCGGAACCAAUGGCAAACCACAGCUCGGCCAGAAGAGAGUGGUGAAGGGUGAGAAAUCGUUCUUCCUGCAGCCCGGAGAGGAGUUGGAAAAUGGGAUUCAGGAUAUAUUUGUCCUGUCGGAGGAGCAGGGACUGGUCCUCAAAUCCAUCCAGGCUUUUGUCGACAAGGAUUCAGAGGGGAAGGACCUUCCCCGAAAGCCAGGGGAUCGCUGGAUGAUUCGAGGACCCCUCGAGUAUGUUCCCCCGGUGGAGGUGGAGGUUCUGUGCAAGAGGGAGGCCAUUGCACUGGAUGAAAAUGAAGGAAUCUACGUUCGCGACUUUAAAACUGGCAAG